GGUAAGCCAAGAGGUUUAAGGACCGCUCGUAAACUCCGAAACCACCGCCGAGACCAAAGAUGGCAUGACAAGGGAUACAAGAAAGCGCAUUUAGGAACAGCACUGAAGGCUAACCCUUUUGGUGGUGCCUCCCAUGCCAAGGGAAUUGUUCUCGAGAAAGUGUAUGUAUUUAAUGUUCUUCAUUCUUGAUUAAGAGUCUUUGUCUGAAGUAUUUUAACAAUCGCUGAGCAAUUUGGCUAUCAUCAUGGACUUGUACACUUCUUUAGAUUAGAAGAAUGUAAUUUUCCAUCCCGUAUCCUUGUCUGUGACACUGUUUAAGGUAUUAUUCCGCCGUUUGUUUGAUGUGAGAUCGUCGUUAUAUUUUUCAACGAGUAAUAUAUGAAACUCUGCGGUUGUUUGAGUCAGUUGUCUUAAAUUUAUGAACGAGGUUAGAGUCACUGGAUCGAGGGAAACCAUGAAUUUUCAGUGCUAAAAUCCUCGAAAAGAAAAUGUGAUCUUAUUCACUGGGCGGCCUGCCUUAUUCCUGCCUAGAACAGCGGAUUAACUCAGUCACCAGUUCACAUACAUACUCCAGGAAUUCCCCACUACAGCUUAAUGGUAGAAUCACUGGAUAAUAUGCCGUUCUCAGCCCGAGCUAUGCUGCCAUUUAAGUAUACUCAGAAUUAUUGAUACUUUCACUCGAAAUAUUCAAAUUCCAUCAUAGGACUUCAAUAAAUAGAAACUUACUUUUACUGAAAGGUAAGUUUUCUUGGCUGGGUCAGGCAAAGUGAUACUGAAAUCAGGAAGGUACAUUUCCAGCAUGAGGGCUGAUUUCUGGGUGCAUUGUUAGUGUGGAGGAAGGGUGUUUAUGAAUUUUGGUUUUUACGCUUACAUACUGGGUUUCCAGCAAGGGUUGCAUAAUUUAGGGCCCUGAAUGAAGAAAAUACAUUAACCUCAUUCAAAGCACUGAACCUGAAUUAUUCUUGAUAAACACAUACUGGAAUCUGUUUGAAGUGAUUAUUGCCUUGCUCAAACCUCCAGUGUUUUUGUUUUGGUGGUCAUUGUUGGGUCACUUUCCGAAACAACUUUUUGUAUUAAUGAAUAAGUGUAGUUAUGUGUUGAACAUUUGGCAUAUUGAAUUGAUGACAACAGUUGACAUCUAAAUGUUUGUUUUGUAGGGGAGUGGAAGCUAAGCAGCCAAACUCUGCUAUUCGAAAGUGUGUUAGAGUACAGCUCAUUAAAAAUGGAAAGAAGAUCACUGCCUUUGUGCCAAAUGAUGGUUGCCUUAAUUUCAUUGAAGAAAACGAUGAAGUUUUAAUCUCUGGUUUUGGCAGAAGAGGUCAUGCUGUGGGUGAUAUUCCUGGUGUGAGGUUCAAGGUUGUAAAGGUUGCUAAUGUUUCACUUCUUGCUCUUUUCAAAGAGAAGAAGGAACGACCUCGAUCCUAA